AUGCUAUCUCUGCCCUUUCUCAUACCUCGCGACUCACAUGAGCUCUGGUUCGGCGCAUCACAACCAUAUCGCGCCACCGAAUCGCAACAACCGCACACCGACGCCGGAGCCAACCCGGCUCGCCGUAAUGGCAACACCACAAAUAACCACCGUGCUUUCAUGCCCUCUCGCUCACCCGCAAAUGGCCUCUCAGCUCUCGCUAUGGAGGAGCGGGCUCUACGCGCCCGGAAACAAAAUAUCGCGACCUUCGGAUACUCUUGGAUCAAACCGGCGGGGUGCCCGAAGACAAUGCUGGGCAUGAAAGAGGAAGAAGCUGAGCGUGAGGAGGCGCUUGCGGCCGCGGCUGCGGAGCUGAAUGCUGAAGGCUUGAUGGAGGAUGAUAUGGCCUUGACACAGGGGGAGGAAGGAGAGGAGGAACAAGGCAUGGAACGAGAUCUUGACGAUGAGAUCCCCGAUGCUGAUGCUGAAGGUUUGGUUGAGGAAGGCGAGGAGGGCCUUGAAGAUGAUCAGGUUGUUGAUGAAGAGAGCUACAUGGAGCGGGAUCUGGACGAUGAGAUCCCCGAGGGGUACUCGGACGACGGCUAUGAGGAAAGUGGGCUGUACGAACAAGACGACGAGGACUUUGACAACCAACCGGAUUUGGAUGCGGAAAUUCCCGAGGGUGAAGAGGGGAUGAGUGAGGGGAUGAGCCGAGAUCUGGAUGUUGAUAUUCCCGAUGCUAGCGAGUCUGGAUCCGAACAGGGUGAAUGGCAGCAUACGGAUACGGAGGAAGAGGAUUCUGACGAGGAAGAGGAAGUGGUCGAAAGUGACAAUGUCGUUCGCAAUCGACUUAAUGAGAAUUUCAGGACAAGCACGCCGAACAGUCGUGGCGGUUUGUUACCGACACCACCAAUGCGUCGGGCGCGUGAGACUGAAGCUCAGAGCCGAUUUAUCAAUCGAUGGAGCGGUGGUGGUGACGCCUUGGAUUCUAGCCAGAUGUUCCUCGAGGAUGAGGAUCUAGGUGCCUCAGUCACAAGUCAAGGAAGCCGCCGUAGUGGGUUCGCUCGACGAUUCCCCCGUCAGGUCGGUAGACCACGAGACAGUCUCAAUUAA